UUGAGUUCAGCUCCCAUAUAGCAUUCAGAACAAUCACGUUCCAUAGGUAUAUAUUCCAGUAGUGUUAACAGUAAUUUUCUUUAGAACUACAAUUCAUUCAAUUUAUUCAAUUAUUCAUGCAAAAUGAAAACCACAGCGGGUGCUGCAGCGCAAACGCCUGCAAAUCCAUCUAGUAUAGAUAAUGAACCCCCAGAACUCAAAGAAGGGCAUACCACGAUACGAAAGAGACUUAAUGGAGGGUCCAUGAAGAAAACGAAGAUGGAGAAAUUCUUCGGAGAGCAGUACGGGAAGAAUGGACUUGAAAUUAUGGCUGGCGAACGCGAGCUGUUGUCUGUGCAAAGAAAGAAUAAGAUGGAAAAAUUCUUUGGAGAGGCUUACGGUAAAGCAGGGUUAGAGAUCAAUACAGAAGCCGUGACGGCGGCUGUAAAAUCGAAGUCUAAGAUGGAGAAUUUUUUCGGAGAGAUGUAUGGCAAGAACGGCCUCAUGUUGACGGGGAAAAUGUUCAUAGACGGCUCCGAGAAGCCUGCACCAGAACUUGACACACAGAGUAUCGUAUCUAUGCUUAAGAAACCCAAUAAGAAAAAUAUUGUGUACAGUGGCAGCGAUAGUGACAGUGUACAAUCGGCAGGGCCAAUACCUACCAGAAUCAACCCCGACAAUGUGAGUGUAUCCUCUAUACUCAAACAGCCAACACGCCACUUCCACACGGGUCACGCUGUUGAGAACAUAUCAUCAGGGUCUUCCAGCGCAUCUCUUGACAAGUUGGAGAUGGGUCCACAAGUGCACUCUUUACCCAAUUUAAGCCUUCCUGGCGCACUCUCACGCAGCGAUCCCCACAGUAUAUCUAGUUCUCGGGAAGCUAAAGCGCCUGCUAGAUCCAAUAAUGGUACUACCGAAGAUGGUGCGACGAGUCCGACCGACGAUAGUUUCUCCAUAUCGAAUCUUCUCCGUAAUAGAUACAGCGUGAGGAAGAACGAGGCUGUUAGUGAUUCGGAUAGUAAACCACCAUCCCGACGUGCCAGUAUAAGUCUUGAUGAAAAGAACCUCAAUCCAAAUUCGGCUGUGGGUGGACCUCCUCCGGAUAACCAGAUCCGCCGAAGGAAUACCGACGGGGAUGAGCCGGUGUCGGCUGAAGCCACCAAGGAGACAUUGCCUACUAAUGGGUCGGUCCUGUCUCCGAGUGUGCAGCGUACCAAUUCUCCACGUAAAGCAAAGCCGAGUAAGUCAGACACUCGGCCCAAGCCACUCGUAGCUAAAAGCAGUAGCAGUGCCGGUAGUGUCCAACGUAGGACCCCGAGAGCAGGUGGGGUAGGCGACGUAAGCCCCAAAACUCGUAUGUCUGGGUCUGUCGAGAACUUUAUCAUUGUAAAGCCAAGCAUCUCAAAGACCAGCUCCACCGUGAGCAUGGGUAGUGCCAGCACCGGUAGCCUACCAGUGUUUAAUCUUACAAACAGUAGAGUUGGCGCGGGACCACCCCAGCCCAACAAACGGCUAAUGGGUACGGCUUCUCUACUUGGCGAUGUGGCCAAUAUCAAGCCUAAUGGGUCCAGCAUACGCCCUAAUGGGGAGAAGAUUAUGCAUAACAACAUCAGAAAUGCGUCAGAUAGCCACCCUGUCCUGGCGGCUUCAGCCAGUGCGGGUACGAACAACCGGAGCCGCCUGGCCGCACCGAAUAGUCAAUCAAUGAAUUCCAAUAGCCAAAAAGGGAAUGGGAGCAGGAGUGCUUCCAUGACCGCAGUGAUCAAUAACCAAAGUCCCGUAUCUAGUUCUUCCAAUCUUAGUAUAUCACAGAACAUGCAGCAAGGUGACAUUCCGGUGCAGGCGCGACGCCCGUCAGUCAGUAAUUUACUGCGGAAAGAUGCGGUGCACAACGGAAACAAUCGCCGACCGGUUUCCCAUAGUUCGUCAGGAAACUUCCAACAGCGUUCUGGUAGUAUGUCCAGCAAUUCAUCCAGACCCAACAGCAGUGUUGGACCGGUCGCAUCACCCAGAAUGAGCCCGUCCAUUGUUCCGGGCAGAGGGUCACCCAGUACACAGCAGCGACAGCAGCGGACGCCACAACAACAACAACAACAGCAACAACAACAACAACAGCAGCAACAACAACAACAGCAACAGCAACAUAUUCCAAAGCAAAGGGUCGGUGCGGGAAUAUUACAGCAACAACACCAGCAUAAGAAACAGAACAUACCCCAGCUACGGAAUAGGGGCAGGAGUUUUCAUGAUGGAUUGGUUAUGUCUUCAUCUCAGCCGAAUCUGCGCACACCAAAUGGGAUCAAUGGUGACCCGAGAGGCGGACGUGGCGGUGGCAGGCAGAACGCUCCACCUCUACCGUUUCAUAAGAUGAUACCGAAGCGAGCGUCGCACAACCGUAGGGUCAAAUUUGACGAGAUGGUAUGCGUAACAGAUACGUGGCGACCCGAUCAAUACGAUCGCACACCACCCUACAAGGACAAACCAGAGAGUAUGGCUCAGUUGCAUGUGUACGCAGAUGUUAUGACUUUCAAGCUGACGGAAAUGCUGGUUCACGAGAGCUCGUUGCAGUACACUAACAACCACUUGAACUCGUGCAGCGCUCCGACUCGGGCGGCCCUGAGUCAGGUACUUCAGUACAUUCUGACCAACGGUGGGUACUAAGCUGGAGAGCUAGAAAGUGCAAAGGAGAGCUAGAAAGGGCAUACUGUUGCAGUAUUAUACAUCUUGUUGCAUAAAUGAAUUCGAAACUGACUUUUAAUGGAUGAAACAUGGAUAUUGUGUUGAUGGGGUUAUCUUCAGCUUGAAUACAAAAAUGCCGUGGAUCGCUGCACUUAUAUCGAAAAUGAUGGCAGCGACGGUGAGAAACCAUGUGGAUGUUGUUCAGAGUGUUCGCGUCGCCACGAUUCUUGCAGCAUCUUCAUUUGAGCAGCGCUGCUACACUGACAAGCCUAGAAGCUUUUUCGGUAGACACAUUCGUCCAUGUAAGUAUCAUGCAUGAUUAUGGAAAGGAUUGGUGAGUGAAGCGGGGUGAAGGCAUUAAAAUGCAUGCAGAUCAGUCACCAAUGGUAGAGGCUGAAGAGCAGGUGGCAACUUCAAUUCCAGUACGACCACCGAACUAACGGACGCCAAUUCUAAGAAUUGAAGGCAAGAUUUGCACUUCAACAUUCUUUGAGCAGUAGUAAAUAGGAAUAUAGUGGCACAGAUUACCCUAGCGUCGUGCGAGCAGCACAUCGUGGUUAGACAGUAGUGUAUUUGCGUAUACUGAGCCACGGUAUAGCACAACCUAUACAAUACCUAGUUACUACAUGCACAUUUCACGACCAGAAAUACAUACCCUGUUUGACAUCUAGUGUUAGAAUACAACCGUGUCAUAAGCGUCAACAGCUGUUGUCAAAACACAAAUAGUCUUGUGUGGCAAGUCGAGUGAUUAGUGUUUGAAAUACAAUGGUAGGUGAUUGAUAUCUAG